UCUUUAUAAUAAGUCUUAUAUCAUUGGUCAACUAUAAUGAAGAUAUAUUAAAUAUUCCAUGAUCUUUUGUGGAAAAAUUAUUAUAUUACUAGUCGAUUUCAGCAGGAAUGGAGUUACUGUUUCAGCUUAUAUAAUAAUAUGAAAAACUAUUCCUAGUGUACUCAGUUUGAGGUCUCAUCAGAACUGAAAAUAAUAUAAACAUAUAUACUUGUCAUCGGAUAAUCAAAGUGAAUCUCAACCCUUAACUGCACAACAGACUUCAAUCUCUGAAAUCACUCAAGUAUAGUUGGGAUCCACCUUUGGAACGUUAGAUGCUACUAGCUUACCCUUCAAGUCUUCUCUUAAAGACUUCUUCAGAUCCACUUCUUCUGUUUUCUUCUUCUUCAAGCAAUAUACUAUAUGCAUCUAUAGAUGCAAACUUGCUUCAAUCUUCCAGCUUUUGCUUAUAAUUCUCUCAACCCUCCUAAUCACCAUGUCAUAUCUUUCAGGUAUCGACUUCCGCAAGAAAUUCGCACCACUCUUUGAAAUAAAUCCUCUCUUGACUAACAGUAAGCCAAUCUUCCGACCGAGUCAGAUCUUAAGAUUCCUUAUUCUAUCUUUUACAUACAUAUGCUAAUAUGAUCAAAAGGUGAAGCAUACAUGAUUCUUCGAGAGAAUUCUUUCCAUGUACCUAGUACUUGCUUGGAUGUGGCUAAAAAGGCUCGGAAACCACGCUCAGAGGAACAAUACUGGAUCCCCCAAAAGAGCUUAAAUCAGUUGGCAGUGACUGAAAGAUUGAGAGGGGAGAGGAUAACGCCAAUUUCGAGUCCCGAGGACCCUCAGUUGACAAAAUCUGAGACCACUAUUGACGAGGAAUUGCCAGAUCAAGAGACUCAGAAGGCUAAAUUUCCAAAGGUGAAGCCAAGAGAGACGAUUCUUCUUAGUGAUACAGACGACGAAGUUGAAUCGGUUAUCAUUGUCGACGAGCGGAGACAAGUCUCUGAUAAUCCCGAUGAAGAUUCCGCAGAUGUAAAGGAUCAGCUGGAAGACGCAGACAUUCCUGGCUCAAAAAGGAGUUUCUCGGUUUUUGAAAUUUCAGAUGAUUCAGAUGCCGACAUCAAUGAUAACGAUUAUGGUUAUGAUGCUGACUCUGACCCAGAAAUAUAUCACGGCAGCCAAUCAUCAAGCUCACAAUCUGUGAUCCGACCUCUAGCAAGAAGUGAAGUCAACCAAAAAGUUAGAUCAAGAAUCAGAAACUCGUACGACGCCAUGGAUUUCGAAGAUUGCUGGUACUUUAUUUGGCAGGAUCCUCAGGCCAGUCGAGAGGAACAAGAAUAAAAAAUCGUGGGAAUUGGCAUUGGAAGAAUACCGUGAAGCUAUAUCACUGGCUCGAAGAACAGGAGAGGAUUUCUUACCUGAAAGCAGGCAAAAGAUAAUGGAGAUAGAGUAUUGAGCCGGAGAUAGCAUCUUAGUUGAGCUGGAUACUUAAAUCACCUCUAGGCUGUGCAAAAAUAACCUGUGGGUUGCGGAUAUCUAUGGGUAAUCCGCACCGCGGAAUGGGUUAUAAAUUUACAACCUAUUUUGUGGAUUACUUAUUGGGAUUUUAAAAUAAUUUGUAUUGUAUAAGUUAUUUGUAGAUUAUUUGUAAAUAAUCUGUUAAUUCAUAAUUAGAUAUAAUUUGUAUAAAAUAAGUAUAAUUUAUAAAGAUUGAUAUAAAAACUAGUAUAAAAAAUGUAGGAAUAGUUUCAAAAAUUUAAGUGAAUAUUAUUUGUAGAUAAUCCGUAAAUAAUUUAUAGAUUAUUUGUGGAUAUCUAUUUCUGUAUAUUAUUUAUGG